UUGACCCGUUGACCACUAUGAACUGACACAGAGCAAACCCAGAAUGGUGAUCGGAGACGUCGAAAAGAUGGUGGCAGUGGGCCUAAUUUGGGGCGCCACAAACGCCCUAAUGCGUCAAGGCGCCCUUAUCUCUGACCAAAAAUCAUCCCCAUUAAAAACCCACAAAAACCCAAUUCUUAAAACCCUAAUUGAAUGGUUCAAUCUUAUAUUAGUAUGGCAAUACUCUGUUCCUUUUAUUAUUAACUUAUCAGCUUCUGCUACUUUUUUCGCCAUUUUGAACGACACCCCGAUAUCUCUUGCUGUUCCGGUUACAAAUGCGACAACCUUUGCUGCCACUGCUGUCUUUGGGAUGUUUCUUGGUGAAGAAACACAUGUUGGGUUUACUUUGUUUGGUACUUUACUUAUUGUUGUUGGUGUUUAUGUUUGUGUUGUUUGAUUUUAUGUAUCAGUUUCAAAAUAAAGUUUGUAUCUUGAUUGGUUUUACCGUUUUUUAUUUUUGCACGUUAUGAAUUUGAUGAAA